AUGUGUCAUGAUUUUACUGAUCAUUUUUAAAAGGGUAAGGCUGAUGUCACUGAAUGCAUAUCAAAUAUCUUCUUACCAUCUGGGUCCUUUGUAAUCAUUAUCAGAGAUACUGUUCUGAUUUAAAUGAGAAUAGCUACAACUUGUUACAAUAUAUGCUUGUAGUCUAAUUUAACCUUCAUUAAAGAAGGUAUCAUCAAUUAUAUAAAUAGACUUAAUGGUUUUUGCAGAGAAAGUCUACCAUUGCUUUAUAUAAUUAAAUAAAAUGGACACUAGCAUCAAUACUCAUAUUUUUUAUUUAAAUGAAUCAGUUGUUAUUAUUAUUUAUAAGAUGGAACAAAAAUGA